UUAACAAAACAAACAACAUAUGAUACAGUAAAGGUUUAGUUUUAACAAUGAAUACUAGUCAGUGGCUUGUACAUAUUGGCAUUGUUCCUCUUGCAAUAGUAAGCAUAAUCAUUGCCAUGAUAACUAUCUCAGAGCACGUUGUUAAAUACCCAAACAAGACAGAAAAAUUACUGUUACUGCAAGUAAUAUUUGCUAAUGGUGAACAAGACUCAUUACCCUUCAUUCCACAAUCUUCUUCUGAUGCUGACAUCUACUGGUUAAACGAAAGUUCAGUGCUUUCAUUGCAAGGACAAAAGCGUGCCUUCAAACUCGGGAAAGCAAUAAAAAACAUCUAUCAGUUAUACCUUCAAAACUAUGAUUUUUCAUAUGAUUUAGUUUAUUCUAGCACUGGAUAUUUAAAUAUUUUACAAGCGACAUUACAGUGUGUACAUGCAGGGCUCUUUCCGACAUUUCCGGGCGCUCAGAUUAUUAACGUUAAUCUUGAUUGGAGACCUGUACCUUAUGAAGUUUAUCCUAAAAAUGAUGACAUCUAUAUCUACCAAACAGAAGUUCUUAAAACAUUAAGAGAUUUAAGAGUUAAUGGACAAAAUGAUUCAAUGUAUGAGACACAAUUAAAGAAAACUUUAGAUGUUAUCUCAAAUAUUAUUAAAUUUAAUGCUAGUUUGAGCGAUGUAGUUAUGAUUAAUGACUAUUUAAACAUCCAGAAUAAAUUUAGAAAGUUAUCAAAUGAAUGGAACGAAAUUUGGCCUGGUGACACAACUGCGUUAGUAAAUGAAUUUUGGAAAGAAUUUGCAUCACACGCACAACCAUCUGCUGUGCCACUACUGAAUGUUUUUCUAGAAAAUAUUAAGAAAAAAAUAGCUAAUGAGCUUCCCACGGCUAGAAAACUACAUUUGUUUUCUGCCCAUCGUUUGAGUCUUGUAGAGAUUUUAUCGGGUUUAGAAAGUUGGGAUAUUCUAAACGGAACCAUUACACCUUGUUCGUAUAUUCUUUUGGAAAUGGUCCAAGAAUUUGCAACAGGUUAUUAUAAAAUACAUUUUUAUUUUGGAAACGGGACCGAAGUAGAUCAACCACGACCGUUUACACCUAAAAGAUGCGCAAAUGAGACUUGUACAAUUUUUGAGUUUACGAAAAUUGUUAAUGGCCUAACACUUUUAUAAAUAAAAUUUAUUAUAAUCGA